AUGGAAAGCCCUGAUCAAGCAGAACAGAUCUUGGCAUUGUUGGGGAGUGGUGAUAAGCAAUCGAGUGAGAAGAUGAUGACCAAGUCCUCCAAUGUGGAAGUGAUUGUGGAUUGUAUGAUUGAUAUUGAUUACAAAACAUAUAUAGCUUCACGAUGUGUGGAGCAUGCAGAGCAAUUUGCACCAAGUAAUCAAUGGUUUAUCCAGGUGGCACAUAACUUGAUGAAGUUGAUUGCUGAGGGAUUUGGAGUAGAGGAUGAUGAUUCUGCAGAUAGUCAGUUGAGAUCAUCUGCACCAUUCGAGACGUUAGCUCUACUAGGACUGUUCAAACAGCAACUGUUUCAAUUGUUCCAAAUCCCAUUUCGUGUCUUUUGCAGGAUUAUCAAAAAUGCUGCAGUUGAGUUGCAGCAACUUCACAUGAUGUAG